GAGAGAGAGAGAGAGAGAUAGAGAAGAGAGGAUUUUUGCGCUCUCAGGAAGAGAGGAAAUUGAGGGAAAAAAUGCAGAAAAGGGAUCAGAGCAAGAUGGCCGGAGCAGCGGGCAGCGCCGGGAGCGCGGCGUCGAGGCGCGGCCGUCCUUUCGGCGGCAACGCUGCCGCGGCUGCUGCCGCUGGAGCGGCAUCAGGUGAUUCUGCCGCUCCUCCUACGCUGCUCGGCCCUUCUCUCCAAGUCCACAGCUCUUUCGCCGACCAAAAUAACAAAAGGAUAGUCCUGGCUCUGCAAAGUGGGUUGAAGAGCGAAUUGACAUGGGCACUAAAUACCCUUACAUUGCUCUCCUUCAAAGAAAAGGAUGAAAUGCGUCGGGAUGCAACACCUCUUGCUAAAAUACCUGGCUUGCUGGAUGCUCUUCUCCAAGUUGUUGAUGACUGGCGUGACAUUGCUUUUCCUAAAGACACCACAAAGCCACCCAGGGUCAGAUUGUUGGGUGAGAAUUCUGUAGUUACAGGGUUUGGGAAUGAGUAUGAGACGAAGGGCCCAGACCAUCCUCUCUCCCACCACAGCUCUGUAACCAGCUUGUCCAAUUCAGAGAACUCGGUAAGUAAGGGCUCUAAGAAUCGUUCGUUGGAGUGGUGGUAUGAUGAAGAUGGUCUUUUUAAUGUGGAUGAAGAAGGACGAGCAGAAAAGCAUGUGUGUGCUGUUGCCGCUUCGAAUAUCAUACGCAACUUCUCUUUCAUGCCAGACAAUGAGGUGAUUAUGGCACAACAUAGGCAUUGCCUGGAAACAGUGUUCCAGUGCAUAGAAGAUCAAAAUACUGAGGAUGAGGAGCUCAUAACAAAUGCGCUGGAAACGAUUGUCAAUCUAGCACCAUUGCUGGACCUGCGAAUCUUCAGCUCCUCAAAGCCAUCCUAUAUCAAAAUAAGUGAGAAAGGUGCAGUUCAAGCCAUCAUGGGAAUGCUGGGAUCCUCAAUCAAGGCUUGGCACUGUGCGGCUGCUGAAUUGCUUGGUCGCCUGAUAAUAAACCCUGAUAAUGAGCCAUUCCUUAUACCUUUUGUUCCGCAGAUUUACAGGCGUUUAGUUGAUCUUCUGAGCUUGCCGGCGGUGGAUGCACAAGCAGCAGCUGUUGGGGCACUUUAUAAUCUUGCUGAAGUUAACAUGGACUGCAGACUGAAGCUUGCCAGUGAACGAUGGGCAAUUGAUAGACUUCUAAAGGUGGUGAGGACUCCGCAUCCUGUGCCUGAGAUCUGCAGGAAAGCAGCGAUGAUAUUAGAGAGCCUUGUGUCUGAGCCGCAAAACAGGACUCUGCUUCUAGCUUAUGAGAAUGCGUUUGCGGAGAUCCUGUUCUCUGACGGGAGACAUUCAGACACCUUUGCCAGGAUUUUGUUCGAGCUAACUUCGAGAACUAACAACAAGGUGACGACAGCCCGUGGUGUCUGGGGCAUGUGAAAAAUUCACGCAGUUGUAUGAGCUGAGGACGGUUAGUCCUUUUUUUUAAAAAAAAAAAAAAAAAAUUUUAAAUUUUAAAUUUUUUUCUCCCUGUAGUUUAUGUAACAACUUGUGUUUCUGUCUGUCAAAGAAUGUUGUUCUUAAUUUCUUAAGUGGAACUACAUUUGUGUUUUUAUAUCUGGAUAAGAAGUUCAUCUCA